GCAAUAGAAGCGAACAAUGAGGCCGUUGGUGUUGAGAAGGUGCUUGUCCACUAAACACGACUUCUCUGUGACGCCGACAACGUUCAAUUACAGGCUUCCCUCCAGGGACUACCCGUAUGACUGUGUUCUAUCACCGUUUUCCCCAUUUACACCGGUGUUUUCGAACUUGUCAACACACCCGUUGGACAAGAGCACCCCGUCGCAGUUCUUCGACUCCUUCCCGUUGACCAACUCGCAUAGGCUGAAGAAGAACGAUCAGAGACCAACCAAGGUGAAGAUGCUUGCGUCUGAUUUCAUCGAGGACUCGCUGUAUAACCCGAACUACGGGUACUUCCCUACACAGGCCGAGAUCUUCCAGACGGAGAAGCCGUUUGACUACUCAAAGCUGAAAGACAGCGACGAGUUCAUGGACAAAUGGCAGGAGCAAUACUCUCGGUACUCUGGUAAUGGUGCCCAGCUUCAGCUCUGGCACACGCCGACGGAGUUGUUCCAGCCCUUCUACGGUGAGGCCAUUGCGCGCUACCUCCUUGUGAACUACAAGCUGAACUUGUACCCGUACGCAGACCUCAUAAUCUACGAAAUCGGUGGUGGUAACGGUACCCUCAUGAUGAACAUCCUGGAUUAUAUCAAGAAGAACGACCCAGACGUGUAUUCGCGUACCAAGUACCGGAUCAUCGAGAUCACCAAGCCGUUGAGUGAGAAGCAGAAGCUGAGAUCAUUGCACAGGAAGCUGAGUUCAAAGGGACACUCUCCAGAUGCCGUUCAGAUCAUCAACAAGUCCAUACUGGACUGGGAUGAGGUUGUCCCUGAGCCUUGUUUUGUCAUUGGAAUGGAAGUGCUGGAUAACUUGUCCCAUGAUGUCGUCAAGUAUGACGUCCAUACGGGUAAACCGUACCAGGGCUAUGUUGUUAUCGAUGCAAAGGGUGACUUCCACCAGUUCUUUACCGAUGAGCUGGAGGAAUGGACAAAGCUUUACCUCGAAUUGAGAGGUAACCACCAUUUACAGUCUUCGCCUUGGAAGAUGCUUUUGAACGAUGAACAAAUACACCCGUUGAACUCAUUACCUGUGAUUCCAAAGUUGCAAAACUACCUUUCACCGUUUAAGAACUCAUUGACAGAGUCUGAAUUCGUGCCAACAAGUCUCUUGAAACUAUUUAACGUGCUGUCAACGUUUUUCCCGGAGCAUCAACUACUGCUGGCAGACUUUGACUCCCUCUCUGAAACUUCAAGAGGCUUCAAUGCUCCAGUGGUUCAAACCAUGCUUGACUCGAAGAUGGCGACUGCAUCUACCUUCAUGGUUCACCAGGGGUACUUCGAUAUCAUGUUCCCAACGGACUUCAAGGUUUCCAAGGACAUCUACGUUCAAAUGACAGGGAAACUUGUUGAAACUACCAAGCACGAGGAGUUCCUCAAUACUUGGGGCGAUGUUGAAGCAACAAGGACCAAGAACGGUGAAAACUUGAUGUUGGAGCUGUACCAGAAUGCUGCUUUCUUGCAUUCAUGACGCUGUAUAUAUAUUUAUUUAACCGUUCAUUUACAUGUAUUUAUUAUCACUGGGAACCCGGUUCCAAUGUUGAUGCUUAGCACACUUAUCAACACCAUCAUUGGCCUACUUCUUCAGUCGUGCUGCCUUCUCAAUGUGAUACGGAGUGGAGGGUAUUCAAUAGCAUGUGCUGGCCAUUGGCGCAAUGCUGGUGUGUCUUGAAAUGCUUUAAAUGAUGGCCUGGUGGGCUCUAUUGGCAGUGAAGAGCUUCCCUCCCAAUGACAUGAGGGCCAUCUUCACGCCUACUACGAGCCACUCUGGGCUGAUCGAACGACAUUGGAGCACCAGAAGGGUCCACUGGUGAGUC